GUUUGCUCUCAAAUAACGAACCUUCCUGCCUUCGCUGCUUCUUAUCAACUACUACAAGCUUGUAUUGAAGUCAAUACCGAUAACCCAAAAAAUAAUAGAAAUAAAUGAGAACAGGAAGUCUUCACAGUAAGAAUUUACCCACGCGUAGUCUCUCAGGUUCACGUUAGUUAACAAUGAGGUUCAGCAGUAUCUCACUCCCAUAAAAUUCUUCUUCCUUUACAGUUUCUUUAUUCACAUCUACCUCCAAGCGUGACUCCUGUGAACAAUUUCACAAUCAGUUGCGGCACCACUGGAACACCUUACAACGGUGAAAGAACAUGGGCAGGAGGGUAUUCUUCUCCUUCUCGCUUCCUUGUUUCGUCUUUGUUGUGAGGGCAAGAUCCAAGUCCAAUCCAUGGCCACUAAAGCUGCCAACCAACACGUUCAUCCGACGCUUCUCCAUCAUCACGAUCAAAGCCGCCACCAACAACUUCGACGACGCUUCCCUCGUCGGCUUCGGGGGAUUCGGCCACGUGUACAGGGGCUUAAUCCGCGGAAUUUUCAUCCCAGUGGCUCAUAAGCACUUAAUACAGGGUUCGAAUGGCGCUGAAAAGUUCUCGAAGGUGGCUAUCAAGCGCCACAAACCGGGUUCAAAGCAGGGCGUUGAAGAAUUUCUGAACGAGAUCAAAAUGCUCUCGCAGCUCCGCCAUCGCAAUCUCGUUCGACUCAUCGGUUACUGCAAAACCGAGAAGGAGAUGAUCUUGGUCUAUAAAUUCAUGGCACGUGGCAACCUCCGUGACCAUCUCUACAACAGCGACAAACCUUCCUUGCCAUGGAAGCGACGCUUGCAGAUCUGUAUCGACGUUGCGCACGCGCUGCAUUAUCUUCACUGCUGCGCCAAUAAAUUCUCGAUAAUCCACAGCGAUGUGAAAACCACGAACAUCUUGUUGGACGAGGAGUGGGUGGCCAAGGUAUCGGACUUUGGACUUUCCAAAAUUGGGCCCAUGGGAGAGUCGAAGGUCAAUGUCUGCUCCACCGCUGUGAAGGGUAGCUUUGGAUAUAUAGAUCCAGAAUAUCAUAUACGACAACAUUUGACGGAAAAGUCUGACGUGUACUCUUUCGGGGUAGUGUUAUUCGAGGUACUGUGCGCUCGCCCGCCUCUCAUUCGCACGACGGAUCCGAGACAAGAAUCACUCGGUAAUUGGGUUAGGUACUGUUACGAAAAUGGAACCAUGGCAGAGAUAAUGGACCCCACGUUGAGUGGAAAGAUUGCGCCUAAUUGCUUUAGAAUGUUUUGCGAUACUGGGGUGAGUUGUUUAUCAGAAAUUGGGACGCAGAGACCGUCUAUGAACGACGUCGUUCAGAUGCUAGGGUAUGCCCUACUACUACAAGAAAAGGCAGAAAUUAGUGCGGCACAUUCUAGUGACAAAAUUUCAUUUUUCUAGUUAGGCGAAUUGAAUUAUUGAAGGGUUGAAUAAGCAUUAUUGAAUUGAAUUACUUCUUUAUUUCUAAGAUCAUUUGUUUAUGAGUCGUUUCAAACGACUUGUUUAGGAGUGUAAAUGAACAUCUUUUUUAUAUUGCCCAUCAUGUGAAUACAACGGUUAGAGUAUCAUCUUUUACAUUUUUACAUGUUUAAGUUCA